AUGAAACCGUUGAGACAGCAACGAGUCUGCAAGGCCUUGUGUUGCAGCUGUAAUUGCAGACUCAGUGUUUCUUCUUCCUCAGAACUAGAAGCAGAAAGCAGUUCUUCAUCAGCUUCUGAUAGGUUCCCUUCUGUUUCAAGCUUAGCCCACGCCAUGGUUCAAGAAAGGCUUGAUCAGAUGAUAAGAGAUCAGAGAGAGAGGAACAUGAGGCUUCACCAUCAUCAUCAUAAUAAUAGUCAUCUGCAACAGCAUCAUCAUCGUCUUCAUGAUCAGAAUGAUCUGCAGAAGAAGCGAAGAGAAGAAGCUGCUGCCGGGACCAAGUUCGUGGUGAUGAUGGCGAUGGAGAAGAGUUCUUAUGAUCCAAGAGAGGAUUUCAGAGAGUCCAUGGUGGAGAUGAUAAUGGCGAAUCGACUUCAAGAUGCUAAAGAACUUCGGAGUCUGUUAAAUUAUUAUGUUUCAAUGAAUUCACAAGAGUACCAUAGUCUUAUACUCGAGGUCUUUCAUGAGGUUUGUACCAAUCUCUUCUUAUCAUGUAAAUGCCAAUAUUGGUAA